AUGCACCCACGCAUCAUGCGGAGGGACUUUUCACAGACGGUCUCACCGGAGCAGAUGUGCCUAUUCCCAAGGAUAGAUCGGAAAGAAAGACGCUUCCACCAAAAUGGGGUCCGUUCUUUUAGCAAUGCGUCCCUUUUCUCGCAAAGGAAAGGUGACAUGGGGAGGACGUCUGCAAUUCAUCAUGGCGAGACGACGUGGGAGUGGGAGUACUGUGCCAUGAAGAAGAAGCGGGCGGGUAGGAGCCACGUCGCUGGGUGUGUGGCCACUAUGCCAACGGAUGGAACGUGUCCGCUGCGCCGGGUUAGCGAUGAGGAAGGGGCAUGUAGGAGGCUUAUGAUUGCCAACGAGGCCAUCGAGCGCAAACAUCUCGUGGGAAUGUUACAAGGUUGUCUUCCGGAAUUAAAUAUCCGCUUCACAAAAAAUGAGGACCGGGGUAUUCGUCUACUUACGUCGAGGGAUUACGGGGGUGCGUACGUGUCUUUUACGCGGGCGCUGCAACAGAAUCCCCAGUCUAAGAUAGCACGCUACAAACGGGCCAUGUGUAGUUGGCACCUGUUACUCUACGAUGAAUGCAUUGAGGAUGCUUGCAAGGGUGGCGGGGUAGAUUUAGGCAUCGUCUCGCUUCAUUGUCGUUCCUUGCUGCUUCGUGAGCGCUACGCAGAGGCACGUCAAUGCUACGACCACGCGCUUCAUCAGCUAGUGCCUUCAAUAAACGAUCCUCGUCAAUGUGAAAUGGCAGGCUGA